CCUCAUUUCUUGUCCAUCAAAAAAACCUCUGAUUUUUUGUAUUCAGGUUGAGCUGUCCCCUGCUCCAAUAUAAAGUUAUAAACAGCUGUUUGUUUUUUUCACACCGCACAACAAGUGUGUGUGAGAAACUGCUAGUACAGCAAUCCAUAAGGUCUACACUACCCUAUUGUACUACUCUUCUACUCCUAUCAACAUUUUUACUAACUUUUAUCACUCUUUCUUGCAAAUGCUCACAUUGCUAUUUUUCUACCACAUUUACUUCAUUCUCAUUCUCUCUAUUACUGUGAGCAUUUUGUAUAUGAAUUUGUGAGACGUUAUCAUGGAGUGGAAUGCGAAAUCUCCGGGGCAAUGGGACUGGGAAAACUUAUUCUUCGUGAAUUCAAAACCAGCAGAAAAUCACAAGUCUCAAUCUACUGAUUGGAGUGCGGAGACAGAUCGUGAAACCAAUGUUGGAAUGUUGUUUCCAUCAAGUGGUAGUGGCUAUUCCGCGUCAAAACUGCUACACGCGUCUUCCUCGAGGAGCUCAAAAUCUGCUUCCAAUAAUUCAUCGUCAAACGGGGAGAGCAAGACAUCUAUGUCAACUCGGGAAGGCUCUCAAGACGAUUCCACCGCUAAGAAAGAAUUGUCUAAAGGAGAUCCAGUUGAAACUUCUCCGGCAGCCGAACCAUUGCUCACACUAAAGCUUGGUAAAAGAUUCUACUUUGAGGAUGUUUCCCCUGGAAGCCAUUCCAAGAAAGCCUCUUCCUCUGCGGUUCCCGCGGCUCCUCCUUCGAGCAGAAAGAAAGGUAAAUCGGGUAGUCCGAACUUGCUACAUUGCUGCCAGGUGGAAGGUUGUGGCUUCGACCUCUCUUCUGCUAAAGAUUACCAUCGAAAACAUAGAGUUUGUGAAAGCCAUUCCAAAUCCCCUAAGGUGGUUAUAGCUGGUUUGGAGCGUCGAUUUUGCCAGCAAUGUAGCAGGUUCCAUUCUCUAUCGGAGUUUGACGAGAAAAAAAGAAGCUGCAGACGUCGUCUCUCAGAUCACAAUGCAAGACGCCGCAAACCUCAGCCUGGAGCAAUUCAACUGAAUCCAUCAUCUCUUUCUUCAUCGCCCUAUGAUCAAAGACAAACAAUGGGCCCAUUUGCUUUUCCGAGGAACGCAAAUUUAGCAUGGCAAGACAUUCAUAACAGCAAACUCCCCGAAACACAAGAUUUUAUGCUGAAACCUCCAAAAGCCUUUAACAAGAUUGUCACCAUGCUUUCUGAUGACUCCAAAGGCAUAGGAUCCAGGAGUACAUUUCCAGGUAUAGAAGAUCCAACUACCUUGUCUGAUCCAACUGCUACGCAAGAUGUUAACCGUGCUCUCUCUCUUCUGUCAACCAAUUCAUGGGGUGCAUACGAUACCAAGUCCCUCUCUUUAGAACACUCGAAUCGGCCAAGCGGGGCAACUCAUUCCACAGCACAUGCAACUGCUAACCGCAUGCCUUUUCCUUCAUCGGAAUACUGGCACACUGAUCCGCAACACGCGAACAACUCCAGCGGCUGUAUCUCGUUCUCAGCUUACGACAAUAGCAAUCGCUUUCAAGACUUUCAGCUGUUCAGCGCACCGUUCGAGUCGAGUUUCCCUUGCAACCAGCUGGAUUAAUAAUAAGUAUGCUUCCUUGUUAUCUUCAAAAACAACAGAAUGAGAAUGCUUAUUCAUUUAAAUGGUCCCAACUACAUUAUGACUAUUGUGUUUUUUGUUUAGAAGAGUACUAAUCAGAAAACUUGUCUGUAUGAUGAUUGAUAACUCCAUUUAAUCCUGAGUGAGACUUUAUUCACUCUAAACCAUGAAUGUCUUCACGAGAAUUUCUAAAUCAAACAAGAGUAUAAUAUGGUUUGAUGAUUGUGUAA